AAUUGAUGUGCACUUUGUAAAAAAAUGUGUGUAAUUAUUUACAAAUGUUUUUUUUUUUAAGUGUAUUUAUUUAUUUUUUUUAUCAUUGCACCUGAAAGCUUCCCACGGCCCUGUUCGAGUCCGCUCACAGACUGGUACCAACCUGGUGGUUGGUGACCCCUGCUCUAUAUAAAAGUGACAUUCUUCUGUUUUUAAGGACCAACUGCAAAAAUGUUGCUCAAAGAUCCUCUACGUGACAGGAGUGGUCUGCUGUUUUUAGGAACCUACUGCAAAAGAAAACCCCAUAGUCAAAGAUCCUCUAUGUAAAAGGAUGCUUGAAUUUGCUUGAAUUUGACCUUGGAGGAAGUGCACGGCAUUCUGAAGCACAAUUGUGUAUUUACUGGGAAUAGAUCCUCCCAGGAUUCCUUGUGAUGUCACAUGGGACACUUUUUAGAGCGCCGUCCGUCCUCCGUCACCUCCAGACGCUCCUUCUUUAAAUGUCUGAUGGUUCCAUCAUAAGCGAAGGAUCUUCAUUUCCCAGCUGCUCCCUUGCCCCUCCUCCUCUUUCUCAUCCUCCUCCCCGCUCCCUCCCUCAACCUCCUUUCCACUGCCGUUUCCCCGUCCUCGAUCACACGUCCCAUGGAGUCAUGGAGGAUGGCUCAGGUGCUCAUUUUGGGGCUGUGCAUGGGACAAGACCAGUUCUCCCCUCCUCUUGAGCCCCUUCAUGGAUCUCUGGAGCUCCACUAGGAUGUUUUUACGCCUCUUCCCUGCAACGCCGCUCGUGGAUGCUAUUUGGGAAUCAUUCUAAAGCGGGAACAUCCUGCCUCACCCCCCCCUCCCCAUCUUUGCAUCCAGGAAGAGCAUUUUGAGCAGGAGCAUCCCUCCAUUCCAGCCCCCACCUGUGAGGGGCAGCCUGGGACUUAAAGGAAAGCAAGUUGGAGAGGGGGAGGGAGGGGGGGGGGGCAAAGAGCUAAUCAGCAGGAGACCGUCUCUCCCACCUGUGAGGAUUAACCCGGCAGCAUGGCGCACGCCGCCUCGCAGCUGAAGAAGAAGGCGGACGAGAACCUGGUGGCCGCCGAGGAGGAGCGGGAGAAGGAGAGGAAAAGGGCCAGGAAGCGUCCUCGUGAUGUCAAGAAAAAGACUGACGUCAACGCCUGCUACCUGCGAGCAGCUCGCGCCGGCAACUUGGAGAAGGCGCUGGACUACCUGAAGAAUGGCGUGGACAUCAACAUUUGCAAUCAGAACGGCCUGAACGCGCUGCACCUCGCCUCCAAGGAGGGUCACGUGGAAGUGGUGGCCGAGCUCCUCCAGCAGGGCGCCAAUGUGGACGCCGCCACCAAGAAAGGUAACACCGCCCUGCACAUAGCGUCUCUGGCCGGCCAGACGGAAGUGGUGAAGGAGCUCGUCACUCACGGAGCCAACAUCAACGCGCAGUCGCAGAAUGGCUUCACGCCGUUGUACAUGGCGGCGCAGGAGAAUCACCUGGAUGUGGUGCAGUUCUUGCUGGACCACGGCGCCAGUCAGAGCAUCGCCACUGAGGACGGCUUCACCCCCCUGGCGGUGGCGCUGCAGCAAGGCCACGACCAGGUGGUGUCGCUCCUCCUGGAGAACGACACCAAGGGCAAGGUGCGCCUCCCUGCGCUGCACAUCGCCGCCAGGAAAGACGACACCAAGGCCGCCGCCCUCCUGCUGCAGAGCGACCACAACGCCGACGUGGAGUCCAAGAGCGGCUUCACGCCUCUCCACAUCGCCGCUCACUACGGCAACAUCAACGUAGCAACGCUGCUGCUCAACAGAGGCGCCGCCGUGGAUUUCAAGGCACGGAACGACAUCACGCCGCUACAUGUGGCCUCCAAGCGUGGGAACGGCAACAUGGUGCGGCUUCUACUGGAGCGAGGAGCCAAGAUAGACGCGCGGACCAAGGACGGUUUGACGCCGCUCCACUGCGGAGCCAGGAGCGGCCACGAGCAGGUGGUGGAGAUGUUGCUCAACAGGGGCGCCCCCAUCCUCUCCAAGACCAAGAACGGCCUGUCGCCGCUCCACAUGGCCACGCAGGGCGACCACCUUAACUGCGUCCAGCUGCUGCUGCACCACGACGCGCCUGUGGAUGACGUGACCAACGACUACUUGACGGCGCUGCACGUUGCCGCCCACUGCGGGCACUACAAGGUGGCCAAGGUCAUCGUGGAUAAAAAGGCCAACCCCAAUGCCAAGGCCUUGAAUGGUUUCACACCGCUGCACAUCGCCUGCAAGAAGAACCGGGUCAAGGUGAUGGAGCUCCUCCUGAAGCAUGGCGCCUCUAUCCAGGCCGUCACCGAGUCCGGCCUGACUCCUAUCCACGUCGCGGCGUUCAUGGGACAUGAAAACAUCGUCCACCAGCUCAUCAACCACGGAGCUUCGCCCAAUACCAGCAAUGUGAGAGGCGAGACUGCUCUCCACAUGGCUGCAAGGGCAGGACAAUCCAAUGUGGUCCGAUAUUUGGUCCAGAAUGGUGCACGAGUUGACGCCAAGGCCAAGGACGACCAGACGCCGCUGCACAUCUCCAGCCGUCUGGGCAAGCAAGACAUCGUCCAGCAGCUGCUGACAAACGGAGCGUCUCCCGACACGACCACCAGCUCGGGGUACACGCCUCUACACCUAGCGGCCCGGGAGGGACACCGAGAGGUGGCGGCAGCGCUACUGGACCACGGAGCCAGUCUGGGCAUCACCACCAAGAAGGGCUUCACUCCUCUUCAUGUGGCGGCCAAGUACGGCAAGAUGGAGGUGGCCAACCUUCUCCUGCAGAAGAAUGCCGAGCCUGACGCAGCUGGGAAGAGUGGACUAACUCCACUGCAUGUGGCCGCGCACUAUGAUAACCAGAAGGUGGCGCUGCUGUUGCUCAAGCAGGGAGCGUCGCCGCAUGCUGCUGCCAAGAACGGCUACACGCCGCUCCACAUCGCCUCCAAGAAGAACCAGAUGGAGAUCGCCACCACGCUGCUGGAGUACGGCGCCUCCACCAACAGUGUUACACGCCAGGGCAUCACGCCGCUGCACCUGGCCGCCCAGGAAGGCCACGUGGAUGUGGUGACGCUGCUGCUGGCCCGAGAUGCUCCGGUCAACACGGGCAACAAGUAUGGCUUAACGCCUCUCCACCUGGCUGCCCAGGAGGAUAAAGUCAACGUGGCUGAAGUUCUGGUCAACCACGGAGCCACCAUAGAUCCUGAGACCAAGUUGGGCUACACCCCACUCCACGUGGCCUGCCACUAUGGCAACGUGAAGAUGGUCAACUUCCUGCUGAAAAACCAGGCCAAGGUCAACGCUAAGACCAAGAACGGCUACACGCCUCUUCAUCAGGCCGCACAGCAGGGACACACACACAUCAUCAACCUGCUGCUGCAUCACGGGGCCGCGCCCAACGAACUCACCACGAACGGGAACAGCGCUCUGUCCAUCGCAAGGAGACUGGGCUACAUCUCCGUGGUAGAUACGCUGAAGGUGGUCACAGAGGAGACACUGACCACUCAGACGGUGACGGAGAAACACAAGAUGAACGUUCCGGAGACCAUGAACGAGGUGCUGGACAUGUCGGACGAUGAUGUCUGUAAGGCCAAUGUUCCCGAAAAGAUCACAGAGGACUAUUUGUCUGAUGUUGAUGAAGAGAUGGAUUGUGGCAAUGUCUGCAUCAGCUACUCGUGUGACGACGCAAUGACAGGGGACACGGACAAGUACCUGGCCCCCCAGGACCUGCGGGAGCUGGGCGACGACUCACUGCCCCAGGAGGGCUACAUGGGCUUCAGCGUGGGCGCUCGCUCGCAGAGCCUGCGUUCCUUCAGUUCUGAUAGGUCCAACACGCUCAACCGCAGCUCCUUCACGCGGGACAGCAUGAUGAUCGAGGAGAUGCUGGCGCCGAGCAAGGAAAUGAUGCUCUGUAAGGAAAAGUCUUUCACUGUAGAACACCACAACAAGCAUUUGGCGGUGGCCAAAGACUCUGACAACGACUCCUUGAGGAGAUACAGCUGGACGCCAGACGCCAUGGACAACAUCAACCUCGUCUCUUCGCCGGUGCACUCCGGUUUUUCCUCUCCGCUCCCGCAGUACGACAGCAGGUUCCUGGUCAGCUUCAUGGUAGAUGCCAGGGGCGGCUCAAUGAGAGGAAGUCGCCACAACGGCAUGCGCAUCAUCAUUCCACCCAGGAAGUGCACGGCACCCACGCGGAUCACCUGCCGCCUGGUCAAGAGGCACAAGCUGGCGUCGCCGCCCCCCAUGGUGGAGGGGGAGGGUCUGGCCAGCAGGCUGGUGGAGGUCGGUCCGGCCGGAGCUCAGUUCCUGGGUAAGCUACAUCUUCCCAGACAGCCGCCAGCUCUUAAUGAAGGCGAGAGCCUGGUUAGUCCAGUGCUCCAGCUGGGACCCAGAGGAACUAGAUUUGUUGGGCCUGUCAUAGUGGAGAUCCCCCACUUUGGCUCCAUGCGGGGGCAGGAGAGAGAACUUAUUCUCCUGCGAAGCGAGAACGGAGAAACAUGGAAGGAGCAUCUGUACGACUGUAAGACCGAGGACCUGCGUCAGCUCCUCAAUGGGAUGGAUGAAGAACUGGACAACACCGAGGAGCUGCAGAAGAAGAGGAUCUGCCGCAUCAUAACCAAAGACUUCCCCCAGUAUUUCGCCGUGGUGUCUCGGAUUAGGCAGGAAACCCAUCAGAUGGGACCCGAGGGCGGGACGCUCUGCAGCCGGAGUGUCCCAUUGGUUCAGGCCUCCUUUCCGGAGGGGGCAUUAACCAAGAAGAUCAAGGUUGGGCUGCAGGCCCAGCCUGUACCAGAUGAAACCGUGAAAAAAAUCCUUGGUAACCGAGCCACCUUCAGCCCGAUUGUGACGGUGGAGCCCAGAAGGAGGAAGUUCCAUAAACCCAUCACCAUGACGAUCCCUGUCCCGCCCCUCUCAGGAGAGGGGCUUUCCAAUGGAUACAAAGGAGACGGCACUCCCUGCCUGCGCCUUCUCUGCAGCAUCACAGGCGGUACGUCACCGGCACAGUGGGAAGACAUCACGGGCACUACUCCUCUCACCUUCGUCAACGACUGUGUCUCCUUCACGACCAACGUCUCUGCCAGGUUCUGGCUAGCAGACUGCCACCAGAUCCCAGAGACAGUGGGCUUGGCCUCGCAGCUUUACAGGGAGCUGAUCUGCGUGCCCUACAUGGCCAAGUUUGUGGUUUUUGCCAAGAUGAACGACCCAGUGGAGUCCAGGCUGCGGUGCUUCUGUAUGACGGAUGACAAGGUGGACAAGACCUUGGAACAGCAGGAGAACUUUGAGGAGGUGGCCAGGAGCAAAGACAUCGAGGUUCUGGAAGGUCGGCCCAUUUACGUGGAUUGUUAUGGCAACUUGGCCCCUCUGACCAAAAGUGGUCAGCCGUUAGUUUUGAACUUCUAUGCCUUCAAGGAGAACCGGUUGCCCUUCUGCGUCAAGGUUAGAGACCCCAGCCAGGAGCCGUGCGGUCGUCUUAGCUUCCUCAAAGAGUGCAAGAGCACAAAAUGCCUUCCACAAACGGCCGUGUGCAACCUGAACAUUACGCUUCCCGCCACCAGAAAGGAAAUGGAGUCAGAUGCCGAGGAUGAGACUGAAAAGCCCGAGCGACGUCAUACCUUUGCAUCUCUAGCCUUACGUAAGCGCUACAGCUAUCUGGCCGAGCCUGCACUGAAAACAGCAGUUGAGCGAAGCACACCAGCAAGAACACUGCCUGCUGGUCACCCUCACAAACCUGUCUUUCCAACCAGACCUUACCCACCAUGGUCGACUGCUCCUAUUACCAUCCCUGGCCAAGCAAGGCUCAGCGGAGUGGGGGGUUCCGUCACCGCUGCCGAUUCACCGGCAGGCUCAGCAGCUGCUUCUCCACUGAAAUCUCCCUGGCUCUUUUCCCCAUCACCUGCAUGUUCUGCACCUAUUAGAUCCACCAUGGGAUCUCCACUUCAAGCACCUAACCAUUCCUCUCCAGUUAGCGACAUACUGCCCUCGUCCCCCUUGAGGUCUUACAGGACUAUACCAUCACCCAUUAAAACAGUUGUCCAGCAGGGUCAAUAUCCUGUGCAGGCAUCUGCCAGCUUGGUGUCUUCUGGAAGUCCAUCUAAACCUGCCACAGAUCCUGCAUCCAUCAAAAAUCUUUCUUCAGCAUUCACUUCAAGGACCUCCCCAAUUCACUCAAUUGCCAAUGGUUAUGUGUCGGAUAAGUCGUCAUCUAAUGCAGCUCCAGUAUCACCAAAGACCCCAUACAACAUCUACAAUUCUGGUGUGCCUUUUAAGAUGGAUCCAGGAGCACCAAAUCCUGCUUCUUCUAAAAGCAUCUCCAGCCUGUCCUCUUUGAAAACCUCUUCCGAUUCAACCCUCUCUCCACGGGGGGGUAAGUCAUCCCUAUCAUCGCUCUCCUCCACUGGAAGGACCACCAUUGCUUCAUCGGAAUUGUCCAUGAUGAACGGAAAUGCCUCAGUUGUAAAAUAUCCGUCAUCCUCGUCCACGCCCUCUUCACCCUCUUCUCGGCUUCUGUCGGAGAGGAGCUGCAGCCUUCAGGAGAGAAUCCAAGCCACCACGCAGGCAGCCACGUCUGGCAUCAGCGCCGCCAUAAACGAAGCUAUCGACUCAUGCUCUGUGUCGGGUUACGGCACUCUUAAAUCACUGUCUUCCCCUCGAAGAUCUGCCACAGCAAGCUCUGCUUAUGGUUCUCUGAGAUCUGCAGCUGCUUCCCCAGGUCCUGCAGUUUCUUCAAAUACAGUCACGGUCCCUGUUUAUUCAUUGGUCAAUGUCAUGGUAGAGAACCCAGUCAAGCCAGGGCCAGGGUCUCUUAAAAUGGCGUUUCCCGAUUCCCCUCGUGCCUCGCCCUCUUCCUCUGUAUCGUCCUGCGUUACUUCCUCCAAAAUUAAGUCCCAGUUGAAAUCGCCUCCCUUCAUCACUCCCCCCAUUGUCCAUCGUGCCGCAGCUUCCAACCAGGAAAUACUGAAAGAUGUAGCCGACAUGAAAGAGGACCUCAUGAGGAUGACUGCUAUCUUACAGACAGACACGCAGACAGCAGCUAAAACUGUCCAAACAUCUCUCACAAGUACUCCUCAAGAGAGCAAGUUAGAUGAUGAUGAGCCAUAUACUCUGGUGGAGAAAGUCAAAGAAGAUUUAGUGAAAGUCAGUGAGAUCUUACAGAAGAACAUUGUGAGUGAAAGUAAGGCUAAAGAGAGAGUAGUCGAGGAGGAUGGCUGGGAGGAAUUUUCUACAGAUGAAAUUGAGGAAGCCCAACGAAGCGUCCUCUCUCAUGAGGAUGACACACAUCGGCUUAAGCUUCAGUCAAAUAAUAAUCUAGAACUGGCUAAAGUGGUUGACUUUUUAACUAACGACAUUGGCGCUAGCUCUCUCUCCAAAAUGGCAGAAAUGAAAUGUAGGUAUGAGGAGGAGGCAAAACUGGAAGGGGAAGAGAAACAAAAACGUGUCCUCAAACCAUCCAUGACAAUACAGGAGCAUAAGCUAAAAAUGCCUCCCCCAGUCUCAGGAAUGCUCAGAUCUCCAUCAGAGAAGGACCUAAGCAAGCUUGCUGAGUCAUAUCAGGGGGGAGACACUAUUCUUGAAUCACCAGAGGAGCUGUCUCACGAGCAGGACAAGAGUCCUCUGUCUGACAGCGGCUUUGAGACCAGGAGUGAAAAGACACCUUCUGCUCCCCAGAGUGCAGAAAGCACAGAGCCCAAGCCUUUAUUCACGGAUGCUCCCAUCCCCCCAAGUGUCACUGAGAGCAGGUCUGAGGUGGGCCACAUUCAAAGUUACGAGCAGCCUUAUGAUGAGCCGGUUCUCAUUGAAGAGGCUGUGUCUGAUCUUCCUUCAACGAGCUCAACCUCAGCCGUCCAGAUGAAAGUUGCUGAGGAGGACUCGAUGAGCAUGUGUCUAAAAGAGGAAACUCACAUUACUACUAAAACUAGAAUGGUCUAUCACAAGCCUCAGAUCCCUGAUGGUGCUGAGGUGAUUGAGGAAGCCAUGUCAGUUCGAGACAUCAUGAAAGCCUUUCAGUCUGGUAGAGACCCAUCCAAAGAAUUUGCCGGGCUUUUUGAACACAAAGCUAGUCAGGACUCUGUCAAAGGUGAUGAGCUAUCUCCUAGGUUCCUUGACAGAGACAGUAAAUCUAAACCCAAAGUAGAAAGGAUAAUUGAGGUUCAUAUUGAGAAGGGCCACAGCACAGCAGAGCCAACUGAGGUUUUUAUCAGGGAAACUAAGAAACACCCUGAGAUGUAUGUCUACAAAGGGGACAGGAGCUUUAAGGAACUGCUUGAUUAUGAUGAGAACCAACAGGAAGAGGAGGAGCUGAUUGUCGAAGAAUCCUUGCCUCCUUUCCUGGAAACAUCUUGUGUUAACACCCCAGUGUCGCAGGAGGAUGACAGUCGGCCAAGCUCUGCUCAGUUGAUAGCCGAUGAUUCAUACAAAGCCCUAAAACUGCUUAGUCAGCAUUCCAUAGAAUACUGUGAUGAUGAGCUAUCAGAGAUCAGAGGCGAGUCUUACAGGUUUGCUGAGAAAAUGCUCCUCUCAGAGAAACUUGAUGCAGCAUCAACAUGUCACUCAGACACUGAAGAUUCUGCAACGAUGGCUGCCAAAAACCUAACAUCUGAUGACAUAGGUCAGCAGCAUACGAGCCCCAAAAAAGAAUUUUUUCCUAAGUCAUCAAAAGACAGUUCUCCAAAACAAGGAACAUUUUUACACAGAGAUGAACCGCCACAGUUUGAUAAAGUUACAGUGCUCCAUUAUUCAACAGAACAGGGUAGUCCCAAACAUGCUGUUUGGAUGAGAUUUACAGAGGACAAACACGACAGAAGCAGGGACAAGCUCCUCUAUGAGGACCGGGUAGACCAAUCUGUGAAGGAAGCGGAAGAAAAGCUUUGUGAGGUUUCCCAAUUCUUCCGUGACAAAACAGAAAAGCUCAACGAUGAGCUUCAGUCACCUGAGAAAAAGCCUAUCAGACGAGAACUAAAAGAACCAAGGUCUUGGCCCACCUCAGCUUGCAGCAGUCCUCAGAAAACACAGCAGACAACUAAGUCAGGCGAGGAAGGAGUCUAUGAAAGCAAACUCAGGGAGCCGUCUGUUGGUAGAACAUUUGGCAGCGUUCUACCAACGGAAAAGAAAACCUCUAGCUUGCCAAGCAGUCCUCAGAAAAGUGAUGCAAUUAAACAACAAAAAAAGAUCAGUGAAUCUGAACCCUCUUCUCCUGCCCACAUAACAUCAACAUCCAGAGUCAGCUCCGUGAGGAUGAAGUUUGAAUCUGAGUCGCAGAGAAAAGGUCAGUCCAGUCCAACCAAAAUCCCCCCUCCAAUUCAGCCAAAACCUUCAAUUAAGACAUUACAGGAGAGCAAACUCCCCGUUUACCAAUUUUUUGCUGACAGAAAAGCGUCUAAAGUGACUGAAACUUCACAAGAGGACAUCUCCAAAAGUAGUCAUGAUGAUAAAUGUGACAAACCUGAUUUGGUGUCACUUCAGUCCCCAAAACACUGUGGCGAUAUGUUGGUGAACAGAAAUAUCCCAAAGCUCUCACUGCAGAAACAAAGUAGUGUGGUUGAGCCUGAGAAAGGCACCAGUAAAGUCAAAGAUGCUCAUUCUGUCGUCACUCAAGCAAUUAAGGCUGGCAGUAAUGCUCCUGAAAAAGAAAGAGAUGUUAACAAAUAUCAAGUCGCAAAGAAUGUCUCAGCUGAGCUUUCAAGUAAAGAUAGCGAAGAAAUGACAAAUAAAAAUGUCAGAAAAAAGUCUGACUCUCACAUUCCUGUAAGAACGCCCUCCAGUUUUAACGAUAAUGACCUCCCAAAGAAACCUGCAGUAACCAAACCCUCACAGAUUCCCACACUAUCUAAAAGUAAAAGCCUUGAGAAAACUUCAGCAAAAACUCGCGAAAAUGUAACUUUUGAGAUUCUUGAUAACGCUCCUAAAGAUUCCAACUCCAAUAAUUUAGUCAGUUCGAGAGACAUUCUGGAGGUCAUUACCCCUCCAACUGCUGCAGCAACCAAAGAGAAUUUUAAAGGCAUGAAAACGUUGCCUGUUUAUGUCAGCCUCCAGGUGGGCCGUCAGGCUGAGCGGGAAACCAAAGGGGCGCUGCAGGCCGUCAAACAGAACUCUGUGCUUCCCAUAAGCCCAGAUGACGACACGCUAGAGCAGAUCUCUUUCAUAGAUAGCUCAGGGAAAAGCCCCCUUACCCCUGAGACCCCCAGCUCUGAGGAGGUCAGUUAUGACCUCACCUCCAGGACCCCUGAUGGCUUCAUGGGAUUACUGACAGGUCAACCCAGCCCCAUCAUGGAGGUAUCUGAGGAAUUAGAAGAAGAUGACCAAAACAAAGACAUUUUCUCUUUUAAAGACGCCCCAAGUGAAAGCAAAACUCAAGCGGACCUUGCUAAUGCUAAUAUGCUAGAAAAUAAAAUGACUGAUAACUAUCAAAGAUUUGAAAAUACUUCCAAUCUGCAAGAAAACACAAUUAACGGCUAUGACGAAAAAGCAGGGCAGGACGUCUCAAAAGACAAAGGGGUGGCAUACAUUGAAUUCCCCCCUCCGCCUCCUUUGGAUCUCUCAGAAACAUCCGAUCCAGACAGGAAAGGUUCUUGUGCUUCAUCAGAAACUGAGACAGAAAUGAUGGAAGUGAAUUUACAGGAGGAACACGACAAGAGGCUCCUGACUGAGCCAAUAAUACGUAUUCAGCCUCCUUCACCAGUGUCCCCAGAUGAAGAGGAUAGUCUGUCGAAUGGUGAAGACGAUGAUGAAGGGUCAAUCUUUCACCCAAUCCCCAGUAAAAAAUUCACCUUCAAUGCUCCCAGGGAGGAUGAGGAACAAAAGAGGAGGGAGAAAUUAAAAAAACAUGACAAGAAUGGAAACAACAAAGAACUUGCGAAUGGAACCAGUGGUUUUAACGGUUCCAAUGGUUCUAAUGGCAAGGGAGAGGACUAUGAGUAUGAGCAAAACGGAAAUGACCAGUCUAUAACGGACUGUUCCCUCGCCACAACAGCUGAAUUUUCCCAUGAUACUGAUGCAACAGAGAUAGACUCCUUGGAUGGAUAUGAUCUCCAAGACGAGGACGAUGGUAUGUACGAACAAGCUGAUUUAAAGUCGCUCGGAACCCUAGAUAGUCGGCGAGACGUCUGGGCGCCUGACACGUUUCGAUCCCUGGAGCGUUCUUUUCCUCAGACUAAACUUGAAGUUAUUGAAGAGGAGAAAACCCCAGAGGAGUGUCAGAAGGACCAUAAAGACUUUCCUUCAGAUGGUGAAAAACCUAAUGAUGGUCUUGAAAUGAACCAUCAGAAACCCUCAGAUAAAGAGGGUUUUUCAGAUACUUACUUUAGUUAUAAGUUAGAAGAGGAGUUCAAUUCUCCGUUUAAGACUGUCGCCACUAAAGGCCUGGACUUUGACCCCUGGCCCAGUAAAGGCACUGAAGACGACGUCGUCGACAUGGAAGAAACGCAGGGAAGCAACGGCGAGCCCAAGCCUUUCGGGCUGGCAGUCGACGACCAGUCUCAGGCCACCACGCCAGACACCACACCGGCCCGAACGCCAACAGACGAUAGCACGCCAACGAGCGAGCCAAACCCCUUCCCAUUCCACGAGGGAAAGAUGUUUGAGAUGACGCGCAGUGGUGCAAUUGACAUGAGCAAGAGGGACAUGGUGGAGGAGAGGCUCCAGUUUUUUCAGAUUGGCCCCCAGAGUCCCUGCGAGAGGACGGACCUUCGCAUGGCCAUAGUCGCAGACCACCUCGGACUCAGCUGGACUGAGCUGGCCCGGGAGCUGGACUUCUCCGUGGAGGAGAUCAACCUGAUCAGGGUGGAGAACCCAAACUCCUUGACGGCACAGAGCUUCAUGCUGCUAAAGAGAUGGGUGCACAGGGACGGUAAAAACGCCACAACGGACACUUUAACAGCGGUGCUGAAUAAGAUCAAUCGCUUGGAUAUUGUGACUUUGCUGGAAGGGCCCAUAUUUGACUACGGUAACAUUUCAGGCACGCGCUGCUUUGCCGAUGAUAACGCAGUAUUCCCGGAACAGUCCGAUGGAUACCACAAUGUAGAUCUGGAGCUGCAAACCCCCUCUGACCUGAAGUACGCGCCCCCGACCCCGCUGCGCUCCGACGACUUUUUCAGUGAGGGCGAAGCCCCCCUAGAUACCCCUAGCCAGGCCGCCACCCUCACCAGGCCUAGCGACCUCUCCCUCGCCCAGACCACAGGCGGGACCCGCGGAGAGCCCCCACUGGUGCGGGUGGAGGAUACCAGCCUGACGUCCGGCGAGAGCGGCGUGUCUCGCGAGUGGCCCGACAACGACAGACGGGCGGCGAAGCAGCGAGGGACCAAGAUUGAGUUUGAGGGGGCUUACGCCUCGGGUCGCGACCAGAAGCCGGAGCGGGAGGCUGCCAACGGAAGGAUGGAGGAAGAGGAGGAGGAGGAGAUGACCCAGGAGAGGUUGCAGAGUCUCCUGGAGGACAUCAAGCUGGAGGAGGAAGGCUUGGAGGAGGAUGAGGAGAUGACGGAAGAGAAGGUGCACGCCAUCCUUCAGCAAGUGCGACAGGCAGAAAAAGACUUGUCUUCGCUUACAGGCUGGAGAGGGGACGCCGCCAUCAUGCAGACCGCCGCCUCGGAGGAGGGCAGCCCCGACAGUCUGGCCGAUUCGCUGGAGCAGCCGCCGGCGCGCAGCGGCAAAGAUGGCGGAGGUGGCGCCGACGCCGCCGGGGAGGAGUCGGGCAAGAGGAGGGGAGCCGAGGAGGGAGGAGGCGACAGGUCGGGCCACAGAGUCCAGUGGGCACAAAAUGUCAUUGAUGACGAGGAUGAUGAUGAGGAGGAGGAAGAGGAGGAGGAGGAGGCGGUGGAGUCCAGCUCUGAGGAGGAGACCACCGUCACCACCAGGGUGUUUCGCAGGCGGCUCAUACUCAAGGGGGAGGAGGCCCGGAACGUUCCCGGAGAGUCUGUGACAGAGGAGCAGUUCACUGACGAGGAUGGGAAUCUGGUCACACGAAAAGUGAUCAGAAAAGUGGUGCGUCGUGUGGUGGGCGGCUCAGAGCCAAACAAAAAAGACGCUGAUGCUGAUGAAGGCGGUGCCGCCGUUGCCGUAGCGACGGGUGGUGCCACAGGAGGGGGGAAGGGCAAGAGGCGGGGCAAGCGUGCCCACCAGGGCCCCAAGGCGGAAAAGCCCGGAAAGCCGGGGAAUGGCAACAGCAGCAACAAACCGGGGAGGAGGAGUCACUCGUAACGGCACAACUCCCGACGCAAGCUGAUCCGCUGACGUGCGGAAAAUGGCCGGCGUGAAUCAUCGGUGCGCAUGGUUUUUACAGCAAGACAAAAUUUUCAUUUGGCAUGAGCAUGCCCACCACCAGAAGACACUUUCAGGACGGUCGGGAACAAGAAAACAACAACGGAGACCCACGGACCACACCCACUCACCUUUGAUGGAUGUCAUGUGACCAAAAGGUUACAAACAACAACGACAGACAGACGAGCGAGACGCCUUACUUGGUCCGUUUUCUCCUGCCGAGCCCACAGAGCCGGGCUGUACCAUGUGGUUCUUUUUUAAAAAAAAGAAAAAAAAAGAGUGAUUUAGUUGUGUGUGAAACAAUCAGGCGCUUCACAAGGUGUUUAUGCACUGAUGGGAGUUGGAAGCUCUGCACUCGCCAUGCUCUUCCCAACAUCAGACUGAUGUUUUCGACUGCAUGUGGCGCCACUUUGAUUUCAGCUUUCUUUUUCCCGCCAAAUCCAAAGCACUGGAACUCUUGGACAGAGGACGCCACGCUCCUUCCUUCACAAUAACUAGCACAUCUUUGCAAAGAUAAGAAGAAAUCUAAGAAUAACAACGCAAAGCUUCAUUGCUGUGCUUCUAGAACAACCUCUCAUUUCAGCUCAUUGUCGUUUCCCAAACGGGAAUGUUUUUACUCAUUUGGAUUGUUUUUAUUUCAUUAAAAAGAGAACAGAGAAUCUAAUUUUUACCUGUAUACUCCAAAUGGAAGACUUUUUACUGCUACUUAACACUGUUAAAAAUCAGAUUUUCUGUUCCUGUGUGAACCUUUUUAUUUGUUUUUUGGGGGUUAUUUUGCAUUCUUAUGAAGCCUCUUUAACCUUCCUUGAUGAUGAAUCUGGUACCAACAUGUAUGACACAACCAACAUAGCCUACACUGGAUGAUCCAUGACCUUAUUUAAACAGAAAAAAAAUAAAUGUUUAAACUGAA